ACGCGGCACUAGUGCGAUAUUGACAGGUGAUGAAGCUGUUCAAGGGGCAGCCUCAAUUUUGCUGUGACUCAGCAGCACAUGAGAUAACCUGUGUAGAACGAGAUUCAAGCGUGCCUAUACACCAUUGAAUAUCAUGUUAAGUUUGUCCCAGAAUUCUUUUUGGAAACAAGAAUCAACCAAGGUUCGCUCAGCCGCGGUCAUCUGAUUGGGCGUCCGCACUGGCAGAAGCCGAGAUCCCAAGUUGUGGCUGCCCUUCAUCCUCCACGUCCUUUCAACCUUCUGUCUGCCACCACAAUACUUACAUUUCAAAGAAUCAGCAGGGCAGUGAAGCAGCUCAGGUCACACAACUGCCGCCCAUAGCACGUCUAAUCCCAGACACGGGCGGUUAGACCCGAGUAUUUCCCCUUUACCAAUCACCUUCCGAGGAAACACUGCUACCACCACACUUGCGGUCGGCAUCCAGCUCUACCACUACAAAUUCCCCGUUACCUGUCCUUCGUGGAGAUGUCAUAUACUCAACCAUAAAUCAAUGGCUUAACCCGGAUUACACGAAUUAAAGAACGAUGUUCUACAACGCCCUCAUCCGAACCCACCACAUCACAUCCCGCAAAAAGGUGUCUGCGCUGAAACGCGCAGCCGACAUACACAAUUGCUUCGUGCUUCUGCGCUCCGGUGGAUGUCCUGGGAUAAUGUAUGUCGAGGCGAAAGACCAAGGCGCUGUUGAGUCUUGGGUGACUGUCGUUCGGAAACUACGGUACAAGGAUUUUCAACUAGCUACGCGGCCAGGGCUUCUCCACGACGAGAAUCAAACAGAGCUUCGAGAUCAGCAGCAAUUACCCCAGACGAAAAUGAGGGAUAUAAGAGCCGGUGUGUCGGAGGUAGAAACCGUCAAGGAGUUUGGAAGUUUAAUGGAACAACGCGGUGUCUGGAAAUGGUGGAGGAAGGGGAUGGGAUACGUUGGCUGAUGUUGCGAUCGCUGCAAGCGCAUGCUCAACUCAUGGAUUGGGCUCUCAUCCUUAUGGCUACCUCUGCCCUUGGCUACAGUUCAGCCCGGCAUUCUGCGGGAUCUAAGGUCUGGACUCGCGGUUCUGGAACCAGCUUACUAGUCACCAAGAUUGGAGGCCUCAUGUGUCAGUCUGCA